AUGGGUGAUACUGAUGCAUUGAAUAUAUCAGCUCCUGAUGUGAUAAGAUUAAUACUACAAUAUUUGAAAGAAAAUAAUCUUAUAAGAAGUUUUUAUGUGUUACAAGAAGAAAGUAACAUAAAAUUGAAUGCGAUAAGUAAUGUAGAUAUAUUAAUUAGAGAUAUAAAUAAAGGUGAUUGGAAGAAUGUUCUUUUUAAUAUAACAACAGUUGAUUUAUCGGAUGAAACUUUAAUGUGUUUUUAUGAGCAGUUAAUUUGUGAAUUAGUAGAAUAUAAUGAGAAGGAAUUAGCUGAGAAGAUAAUAAAUGAAUGUAUAAUAUUUAAAAGAAUGGAGAAGAAAUAUAAUGAUAAAUAUAAUAAAUUAAUUGAUAUAUUGGAUAGUAAAUAUAUAGAUAAGAAUAUAUUAUAUGAUGGAUUAACAAAAGAAGAAAAAAGAAAUAAUUUAUGUAAUAUGAUAAGUAAUGAAGUGACUACAUGUGCUCCAUCAAGAUUAUUAGCAUUAAUUGGUAUGGCAUUGAAAUGGCAGAAUCAUCAUAAUAUAAUAAAAAAUAAAAAAGAUGGAUAUUUUGAUAUAUUUAGAAAUAUAGAAAAAGAUAUAAUAAAUAGUAUAGAUGUAUAUCCAGAAAAAAUAUUAAAAAGUAUAAAAUUUGGUACAGAAUCUAAUGUUGAAUGUUGUAUAUCAUCAUAUAAUAAUGAUUAUUUAAUUACAGGUUCUUCUGAUGGAUUUAUAGAAAUAUGGAAUUGGAUAACUGGAGAAUUAAAUAUAGAUUUAGAAUAUCAAAAAAAUAAUAAUUUAAUGAUGCAUGAUAAUCCUAUUGUAACUUUAUGUCUAAGUAAAGAUGAUGAAAUUUUAUUAAGUGGUGAUUCAAAAGGAUUAAUUAAAAUAUGGAGAAUUAAAACAGGAAUAUGUUUAAAAAUAAUAAAUGCUCAUAAUGAUACAUUAACAUCUAUUCAAUUUAAUAAUGAUCAAACACAAAUACUAACAUCAUCAUAUGAUAAAUCUGUAAAAGUAUUCGGAUUAAAAUCAUUGAAAUGUUUAAAAGAACUUAGAAUACAUGAAAAUGUCAUUGUACACUCAGCUAUCUAUACAUUAGAUAAUUCAAAAAUUAUAUGUGGAACAGAUGAAGGAAAAAUUUAUAUAUAUAAUCAAAAAACAUUAGAAUGUUUAUCUUCAUUUUAUGUUUAUUUUAAUAAAAACGAAAAUCUAUUAUUCCCACCUGUUAAUAAUAUUAUACUAAUCAAUAAAAAUCUAGAAGAUCAUAUAUUAGUAUGUUCUAAAUCACCUUAUUGUUAUAUAAUGAAUAUGAAAGGAAAAAUUAUUAAGACAUAUACAAAUGUUAUUGAUAAAGACAAGGAUCAUGAUUCACCAUAUUUUUUAUAUGCAUCUAUAUCUCCAAAUUUUAAAUAUGUAUAUUGUAUAGCACAAGAUUAUAAUUUAUAUUGUUUUGAUUAUAAUACAUCCAAAUUAUUGAAUCAAAUCAAAAUACAUGAUAAGGAUAUACUUGGAAUUAUACAUCACAAUAAUCAAAAUAUUAUGGCUUCUUGGUCUUUGGACGGAAAUCUAAACAUUAUACAAUGA